AUGACUCUGGAAGGGGUAUUCAACCACCUGGUUCUUCCCCCGAAGCUGCCUGGUGGACAGGAUCCUCACCUUGAUGAGGAAGCUCAGGAUUUCGUGGAGCGACUAUUCAAUGCAGUUGACAGCCUAGACGAAGCUACCCACAAGGUGUACACCGAGUCUCUUUCCUCUCUGCGGCAGUCUCUUCGCCUCUGCGCUCAGCUCAAUCGUGGCUGCCUUGACAAGGAUACCCUCGCGGCUGCGUUCAAAGACCUCGGAGACGCCCCACUGAUACUCUACGUCGUGGAGCAGAACGCAGCGCUGAUCAUCAGACAAAGCAGUGAGACCAAAACGGUCACUUUCGAGGCUUUUGAAGCGUCGCCUUCAUCGGAAGACGUGCUGGCUUCCGAGAAUGCCUUGAUUCAAGCUUUUCCGGGCCGUGCUUGCGCGGUCCCAGAAACUUGUUUCCAUCACGAAGACUUCCAAUCCUCCCUGGCCGAAUUCCUGGAGAAGGCCAGUAUGGAAACCCUGAACCGACUUGCGGCAAAAACGAGAAAGGCAGGCGUCGAGAUAACCGAAGCAAGAGACACGACAGAUCCGGCCAUGAUCACACAGCUUCUCAUGCCUCUCCUUGAGAGUCUUGGUCAAAGUCUCCAGGUUGAGAAAUUUCAAAAGAGGGUCCGAGACGACGUCAAUAUUGAAGUGCAGAGCAAGACUGGUUCUACGCUUCCUUUCCGACGUCAUCCAUUCUGGCUCAUUCUGCGUGUCGCAAUUCAACGACACCUAAUUCUGUCCAUGGGAUACUACGGUGGGCGGGCAUUGUACAAGUCACUCAUUGCCAUCGUUCUUGCACAGCUCAUGACCAGUGCUGUCGGGCAGCUCAAGCCAGAGCUGACGCUAAUGCUUCGAGCCAAGCUCUGCCGACGCCUGGCCAAGCUCGAGCAGGAAAAGGCCCAACGCCUGGGAGACAACGGCGUCUACGAAUGCUUCCUCAGCUCCAUGGGACCGUGGAUGGAGCAGACCAUUCAAUCAGUCACGAACAGAAUGGAGCUUGUUUGGGACCACUUCAAGAAACGAACCAUGCGACAUGUCGAGCUUCUGCCACCUCCACAAUUCGUUCCUCUCGACCACCUGCGUCUGCAACUGCGCCAGAGUGGGAACUAUCUUCAGGGGCUCCUUCGCCAGCCCCAAGAGCAGAAGCCACAAAAUUCUGUUUUCGAUCCGAUGCGUAUCAAUGAUGAAGUGGUCAAGCAGGUCCAGAAGUUCACUGCACGCUAUGUCAAAAUUUUUGUUUUUGAGGAGGGCAUCAGGAGUCGGCGUUUCCCUCAAACCUCUACCACGGGCACUUCAUCCACUGAAGCAAGACAAAAUGACGAACCUGAGCAAUUCAUCACUACAGGUUUCGAUCCGCCAACCCGUCAUGUUCCUCCCGACGACGCGCAUAAUGACCAAGCCAGCGACCGAUGUGUUGAGCUCGCAGAGUCCCUCUGCGAGUACUUUGCGACGACCGGCAAUGCAUAUGAAUCAAAUCCAACCCAACUGAGCGUUUUCGUGCUCAACGUGCUUCAUCUAUGGGUACUGAUGGAUAUCGCAGCUACUGAAGCAUGCCCUCUCAUACGAGAAUACCAUCCAAUAUUUACACCUGAGCUCUUGAAUGUUGUGCAAGUUGAGCACUUCGAGGACUUUCAUCGACUUUCCAUCAUUCAAAGGCACCUGAAAGACAGGAUAGAUGCCUGCCAGGCUGAUUCUUUCGAUAUCCUCAGUUCUGAGAACUCACCCAACUGCUUUGCAGCAAAGUACCUGGUCAGUUCCAAGGAGCUACAAGCCUUGUAUCUUGAGAUCCUACAAGAUUCCGAACAAGCUCGAGAGAAGAAGAACCAAGAAUGGGAAGCCAUCUCGGAAGAAUGCGAGCAGCUCUCUCAGGAGAUCGCCGCGCUGUCAUGUCUUUGUACUGGGGAGCCCGGCGACCGCACCAAAGACGACAUCAAGAAUUGUACGAAGUGUUUUCUCCGAAGGAAACGCCGCCGCUUGGAGAUUCAGGUCCACGAAGAUUUUCUUCCAAUUCACGAUACCAAGGCAGCUAAAAUCCUCUUCGAGCUUUCCCUACCACGCUGGUAUGAAGCGUAUCGUAACGUCACCUUCAGAAUCAUCAACGAUCUUGCGUGGCCUGCUCGAAUUGAGCAAGAUGAGCCGCCAUUGGUUCUGCGUGAUUUUAUUCCGCUGGCGAAAUACCAAAAGGAACGGUCUGUCGCUGGAGGCGUGACACUUGCCUCACCGGCAAAGAGCUUCCUUCAGACACACUGGAGAGUCGUCCAGGUCCUCCGAGGCUCAGUCCGGGAAGUCUUGCGCCCGCAUGGCCCCGAAUUUGAUCUGUAUGAUGUUAACAACAAGCAUGCCUUCGAGAACAGGUGCUUCCUGCAGAUCCACAUCCACCAGCUGUCCCCGAAGGCCCGUCCUCUUACGCUGUGA